AUGUUUCGAUUAAAACCUACUCUCAAGAAUUUUUCGUUUACCAGAUUUCUAUUACCUAUAGAAUUUUGUUCGCAUGAAUCAAAAUUUUUCUCAUCGACUUCAUCCCUCAAGCAAAAAAUAACUCUCCCAGAAAUUAAAAAUAAAGAACAUCGUGAUUCGGUUCUUUCACCAACAAAUAAUGGCGAUGAUAAAUAUAAUAAGAGUUAUAAAUUUUAUCGUUUUUAUGGGGAUAGAGCAUAUAAUUAUUAUACUACCAUAGCAUUAAAUUUAAAAAUUCCCGACGCAAAUCGAGCCGUAUUUAUAAAAAUCUAUAGUCAUUUAAUUACAAGAAAAUUUUUGGGUGAGGUAGCAAAAGUUUGUGAAUUAGAUAAAAUGAUGUCUAAGAACCACGUUACUGGUUGUCUGGGUGAAAGGAUGGAAGCUUAUUGUUCAGGAAUGUUGCUCAGCGGAAUGGAUGACGAAAUGAAGAAAUUUACUUCAGAUGUGGUGGAUUAUUAUUUUGCAAAGGAAAACAAGGAUAUAAAGCAGGAAAUUAUUAAAAAGGACAUGACAAAGGAUAUCGCUCUCCAAAUAGUGAUGAGCGGUAGUUAUACAGUAUUAACGGCCAAAACGUUUUACCUUAAUAUGAAUGCCUUUACAUAA